AUCAAGGGUGGAUGACAGCCGCAUCAACGAUGACAUGACUCUCGGUCCUCGUCGCCCUCCAGACGCCGGUGUCUGGCCGUAAUCGAGCGGCUCAAACAAGUGGGCAAAUAUGCCCGGAGGGAGGGUGUUUAUGUGCCGAUGUGAACUACGGAGUCGCCCUCCCUCGGAGAUAAAGGCUCCCCUGUCAACGGUUGGCGUGGGAGUCCGUAUUUCCCACCCAGUCAGCCGUGCCCCGAUGUGACUGGCGCGUCUGCAUCCGCGCCUGUUGCUCUCCGAGCGGCCGAAGGCGGCACAUUGACGCUCCCUUCCGCCCUCCUCGAUCACUGCAGUCCGGUGUGGAGCUUAAGAUGCAGGCAUCUGGUGAAAGAAUGAACGCUGAUGACUGCAAUGGAUGCUCUUAUGCAUCAGGCAACGGUAAAGCGUCAUCCGCGGAGCAGGACAUUUACUGCCCAAACAGUCAGGUGUCAACUUGUUGCUCCUUCACCGCACACUCCAUUAAGGUUGAGCUGUGCAGUGAAGAUGAAUCACCGCGGCCCAACCACGGAGGGGCCGUCAGAGAUAGCAGAACGGAGAGUGCAGAGCAUGCUGGGGUGGGACAAGGUCAUCUCUACAGUGACAUGGCCACUUCAAAUCCCGCCUCCCCUGGACCCAUUCGGCUUGCCAGUGGAAAGCUCCAAUGCGAGGUGUGCGGGAUCAUCUGCAUCGGACCCAAUGUGCUGAUGGUGCACAAGCGAAGUCACACGGGUGAGAGACCUUUUCAGUGUAACCAGUGUGGGGCUUCCUUCACCCAAAAGGGCAACCUGCUACGCCACAUCAAGCUGCAUUCUGGAGAGAAACCUUUCAAAUGCCCCAUUUGCAGCUACGCUUGCCGGCGCCGGGACGCCCUGGCCGGACACCUACGUACCCAUGCAGUAUCUUCACCACUAGGGGGAAAACCUUUCAAGUGCAGCUACUGCAGUCGCAGCUACAAACAGCAGAGCACACUGGAGGACCACCAGGAGCGCUGCCACGCUUUCCUAAAGAGCCCGGACCAGCAGGGGGUCAUCAACACCCAGGCAGUACAGCAGGGUGUCAAGUCACUAAAUAUCGAGUCAAUGACUAAACCUGCACUCGAGCCAUCCGAGGACAAGCAGCACUUUGUAGAUAGAUUAGCUGUUAGCAUCACCAAACGGAAGAGGUCGACGCCACAAAAGUUUCUUGCUGACAAGCACAUACGUCUGGACCUGCCCGAGGCACCUUACGAUCUGUCCUCUGGGUCAGAGAGGGAAGGGGAGCAUUUGACCCCCCAGCCAGCUGCCGAGUGCACCGGAUCGAGCGGGAAGCAACUCCAAGAGGAGAACCCUACGCUCUCUCAGCUCCAUCCCGCCUUCUUGUCCGAGCUGCGCACAGUCAUGAGCUCCAUCCACAGCAACGUACCUCCUCAAGGAGUCCCGAGCAGACUCACAACGGUGCCUCUCGGCCAGUCGGGUCAAGACGCAGGUGAAGGGUGUGAAGGUCGCUCCUCAGUCCACGGCCACACCCACUCACCCAACGGAUGUCCCGACUCCACAGACACAGAGAGCACAGCCGAAGACCACAGCACAAGGGCUCCAGUGCAAAUAAGUACCUCCAACCACAACCAGCACCUCCCCUACCCAACCCUGGGACUGUCCCACAGCCUUCCCGCCUCCAGCCCCAGCCAGGCCAAAGAGAUGGACCCGGAGUGGGGCAGGGUGUGUCCCGCUCCCCCCGUCCCGGUGAAAAGGAGAUCCGGCUCGCCGUUCCCGUGCAGGGAAACGGUGCGGGUGCUGGACCGGGAUGGCCAGCACCUCCGCUCCUUCCACUGCCACCACUGCCACAUCCUUUUCCUGGAUCACGUCAUGUUCACCAUCCACAUGGGCUGCCACGGCUUCCACCAGCCCUUUGAGUGCAACAUCUGCGGCCACCGGAGCCGGGACCGCUACGAGUUCUCCUCGCACAUCAGCAGAGGGGAGCACCAGGUGGCCUGAUGGAGCAGGUAGGGGUGAGGCGGGGGGGCGUGACUGUUUUGCUCAAAGCGUCGUGGGCUCAUGUUUGUUCUGCACCAGAAUCCCCGGUUUAAAAGUCAGAAUUGGACAAUUCAAACUUCUUGACGGCAAUUGAUUGCACUCUCUUGUUAAAUCAUCUGGCAAAAUGUGAUUUUGCUUCAAAAGUGCCUUCGUGGGGGAUUCCCCCAAAGUAAAAAAAAAAAAAAAAAAAAGCGUGGGAACGGGUGCUGAUGAAUUUGGACCAGCCAUCUUUUCCUAGUUGCUUCAUGGAGAGCUGGUGUGCACAGGUAGAAAACAAAGCAACGUGUUUACAUUCGAAGAAUCGCAUUUGGCGUCCUUAGGAUGCACUAUUUUAACAUUUUUUCACCCCCCCUCCACCCCCCCUCUGGGAGAACCUCUGGGGGGCGCUGGAGGACUUAUGGGGAGGAGCAGCAGCGGGUAAAAAAUCAGUAAAUGUCACGAUCCUCAAGCUAGCCUGUGUGACAGUUUAGUUGGUUUCUGCCAAAUGUGGCCCGCAGGACACUAGUUUGAGGCCCCCGCCUUGAUAUGAAAGUUUAAUGUAAAGUUUGAUAUGGAUGCUGUAUGGUAUCAUGUACCCAGAAAAAAUUAUUACGUUUUUAAUUAAUGUUCAUGUUAAAGGUUAAAUAACUGUUAAUAGUUAUCCUCCCGAUCCGUGUGGAAGUGGUUAAGUUUUUGGCUAUUUAAGUUUAAAGGAAAUAACUUGGAGGCUACUGUUUAGGUCGCUAGCUCUCUAGUUUGCGAGUUAGCAUGUGUCUCGAGACCCUGCAGUUGCGCAAUAUGUUGUAAAUAAAAAGAGUAUAAAUGUGACUAUAGUCGUGUUUUGUCAUGUCUACAGGGCUCUAAUAAUGCUUUGUUCAUUUUAAUGUGAAAAAAAUCAUUUGUCUACCCACCAACUAUAUGUGCUUUCUUAAGUUUUUAUUAUUAUUAUAUUUAUUUAUUACUGAUUGAUUGAUUUUCUUUAUUCUUGAUUUGUUUAUUUAUUUUUCAUCUUAUUUUGUGCAGAAAAAUGAAGAUAUUUGAGAACAGUGGAAUGUUUUAUCAGAGCUUUUCUUGUAGAAAAUCGAAACCAAAGCAAAGUUUGUUCAUUUUUCUGUUUUUAAUAAAUGCGUUUUUGUUUUUUUGGAAAACUUGAUGCGGCCCAGUCUCGCCCAGACCCUAGCUCCCCCAAGUGGCCCCCAAUUAAAUUGAGUUUAAGACCCCCGAACUAAACUGUCACAGAGGCUAGCUUGAGGAUGGUGAUCUUUUUCAAACCUGCUAAGAAAACCCAUGCACUAUGAGAUUCCUUGGUAUGCUCCAUAUGCACUGAGAGAGUUUUUUUGGGGGGGGGCUUCUGUCAGAGGAUAAAAGCUUGAAAGGACUGCCUUAACUAUAUCUUGUUUACAGCAUGUGAAAUCCCAAAAGAGGAUAUUUGCAAGCGUCCACGGAGCCUGACCCGCUGAUAUCGUGGGGAUUCUGUGAAACGAAGCGAAACCGUGAAAGCGGAAGUAGCUUUUCUCUUGCGUUAAAUUCUGGAUUUGAAAGCGAGCCUUAGAAUACUGGUGCAGAUCAGACCAUGAGCCGUGAGGUGUCCAACAAAAACCCUGACCACGAAGGCCCGGGUUUCUUUGACCUUCACAGGAUUGCACCUGUAGAAUAUCUGCUUUAUAUAUGAAAAGUCUUCACCUAAGACUCGAUGGCGUUUACUUUGUUGUGAUUGUUCUGCUGCACUGAAACCGCUGCUGUCUACUCACAAAGGUCGGCCAUUUAAUUUGGAAUAGUGCGCCUUUCUCAGAUUCCCACGGCGGCGGUGCGCUCGCCGUCUCACUGAAGUUGCUGCACUGACUGACGAUUUGAUAUCAUUUUAGCUUACGAGAAGCUUCGUCAGAAACAAGGUCAUUGUUUAGAAAUCAAGUCGGUUGGGUUCCAGUGAAUAUUUAAUGUUGCUUGUUUCAGCCGUGGUGUAUUUAAUCAGCUAUAUUCCAAAUCUUAUCCAGCAUAUUCCUCACAAGAUAUGUUACCUCCUGCUUCUUUAUGGCACCCAAAUACCUUAUUGCUACAGUACAGUGACUUUUCCGUUAGUCUUGAUUUUGGGAACAUGAAUGAGACCAAACUCAGUAUUCUCAGUUUGUUAUUGUGGGUUUGCUGCUUCUUUUCCUUGUAGAAUGUACUUGAGAUGGUUUGACGAGAAAAAAAAAAAUAAACAAAACUGCACUUGGUUUGUGAAAUAAAGAGACACGGGUGUGAGUGGAACACAGCAUGUGUGCUUGUCACCACUCGGCUUCUACCUAAAAUUGUGAAACUAUUUUUCAAAAUGUGAAGUGAAGACGUGAGAAACGAGGCACGGAUUUGUGUCUCCUUGUGUGAUCUUUUCAUGUGAUAUGAUAUUUUGUGAGUGAUGUAUAACACGACAAAACACUUUACCUCAAAGUUCAACUUGUUUAACUGCCUCAUUAUUUCCAAAAGUCCUGUUGCUUUCCGAGAUGUUUCUGCCCUUACAAAUGCUUCG